GGAGUCCAUCCUCCAGAGCAGCCAUUUUCUCCAGGUGAACUGAUCCCUGUCACCUGGAGACCACAUGUAAUCCCAGGAGAUCUCCAGCCACCACCUGGAGGCUGGCACCCAGAGGUCAGAGCAGGGCUGCGCUUGGCGCGCACCUGUCCUCUGUGACGUCCUCCCUGCCACCUGCCGGCCACGCCCUCUUGCCUGGAGGAGGCGUGGCCUGCCUGCCCGGCUCGGCCUACAGUUAGCGCUAAGCGGAUCUAGCUGCGUCCUUCUCUCUUCGCCGGGCAGUCCGACGACCGGAGGAAACGUGAUGGGCGGCAUGCAGCAGCGCUUCGAGGAGUUUCUGAACCGGCCGGGCUUCCUGGGGGAUCUCCUGGGGAACCUGGAAGCCAAAAGCGGCGUUAAGCGUUAUUACCUGGCCACAGGCUCCAUUGCUUUCCUGGGGUUCUACCUGAUGUUUGGAUACGGAGCUUCACUCCUCUGCAAUCUCAUCGGCUUUGUGUAUCCAGCUUAUGCUUCCAUCAAAGCCAUCGAGAGUUCCUCCAAGGAUGACGACACAAUGUGGCUGACCUACUGGGUGGUCUAUGGCCUCUUCAGCGUGGCCGAAUUCUUUUCCGACACUUUCUUGUGCUGGUUCCCGUUCUACUACGCUGGCAAGUGUCUCUUCCUGCUCUGGUGCAUGGCUCCCAUUACGUGGAAUGGCUCCCAGGUUCUCUACCACAGCUUCAUCCGCCCGUGGUUCCUGAAGCACCACCAGACCGUGGACAGCGUCCUGAGUGACCUCAGCGGCAGAGCCCUCAACGCGGCCUCUGUAGCUUCCAGGGAAGCAAUCCAAGAAUCCACGAAAUGAGCCUUUGAAAAUGAGGAGCUCCCCAACUGAUGACUUUUUUUAAAAAAAGAGAGAGAACAAACCACCCCAAAUAAAAGACUUGGAGUUCUA